UAUAUUUUUGGGGAGUUCAGCCCUGAUGAAUUUAAUCAGUUCUUUGUGACUCCGCGAUGCUCUGUUGAGCUCCCCCCAUACAAUGAAACAGUUUCAUGUGGUAUUAAGUCCACAGGGGAAGAGUAUCAGAGAAUUGAAUUUGGUGUUAAUGAAGUUACCGAGACCCAGUCCCCUGUACUAAAUAACACCGACUACAGUAUUUCAAGUACUCUGAAUCCUCAGGCUCCAGAAUUCAUUCUCAGUUGUGCACCUGCUCCGAAACCCGCUGAUGUUAGUCUCAGUGAAACAAACUACAACUCCAUUGACUGCCAGUUCAGUGAUCCAAACCUCGCUUUGGACAGCAGUUCCAAUGCAGAAAAUGAUGGCUUGUCUGGAGGCCUUGGGCAAAGGGAGCGUAAAAAGAAGAAAAAAAGACCGCCUGGAUACUACAGUUACUUGGAAGAUGUCAGUGAUGGCAUUGCUCCUACAGAAGCUCUUGUAAACGGCCAUGCGAAUUCAUCGGGACUGAAUAGUAUAAGCACGGAGGAUACGGAACUGACAGGAGACAUACCCUGCCUGGCCACACCAAGGACUUGCAACAGCCCGGACAAUUCUGUGGACUUCAUUAAUGAAGCUGUCUCUGAUGAUUCUGUUUCUAGCGCACUAGACAAUACCAGGACUGCAGGGCAGCCUGAGGUAUGCCGUGUUACUAAUUCUGAACAGUUUUGCAUCCCCUCAGAGACUGGCAGAGAUAGCCCUUUAAGGACAGCUGUUGUACAGUCUUAUGCUGGUACUGAUACUACUGAAAACCUUGGCGUUACUAAUGGACAAACACUUGAAUCCUCUGGUGAGGACACAGCUGCCAAUGGGGUAGAAUUGCACACUGUGGAAAGCACUGACUCAGACCAAGCUAAGCCUGAGGAAGCUUCACCUACUACUGAGGCAACAGUCCCGGUUGCAGGAUCAGUCCCUGUUAAUCAGCCUGCAAAAUCGUGGGCUAGUCUUUUUCACAAUUCCAAGCCCUCUGCUUCCACAUCUGUGGUCUAUGUUGAGACUAAGUAUACCCCUCCUGCCACAUCUACUCUGGUCCCUGAGAAACAGGUUGAAGUCAAAGAGGGACCUGUUCCAGUUUCAGAGGAUCCUGUAGCCAUAAAGAUUGCAGAAAUACUGGAAAAUGUAAGACUAAUACAUAAACCAGUGUCUUUGCAACCGCGAGGGCUGAUCAACAAAGGAAACUGGUGCUACAUCAAUGCUACCCUGCAAGCCUUGGUUGCUUGCCCUCCAAUGUAUCAUUUAAUGAAGUCCAUUCCAAUGUAUUCAAAAUCGCAGCGGCCAUGUACCUCAACACCAAUGCUAGACAGUUUUGUUCGUUUAAUGAAUGAGUUCACUAAUAUGCCUGUACCUCCUAAAGCAAAACAAGCUUUAGGUGAUAAAAUUGUGAGAGACAUCCGACCAGGAGCUGCCUUUGAACCUACGUACAUUUACAGACUUCUGACGGUUAUAAAGUCAAGUCUGUCAGAAAAGGGCAGGCAGGAGGAUGCUGAAGAGUACUUGGGAUUUAUCCUCAAUGGACUACACGAAGAAAUGCUGACCCUAAAGAAACUUCUCUCUCCUCAUAAUGAAAAACUCUCAGUGUCUAAUGGCCCUGAGGCUCAGACUGUUCAUGAAGAAGAGGAGCAAGAUGAACAAGGGGAAGGCAGUGAGGAUGAAUGGGAGCAAGUGGGGCCUCGCAACAAAUCAUCCGUCACUCGACAGGCUGACUUCGUUCAGACUCCCAUUACUGAUAUUUUUGGUGGUCAUAUAAGAUCUGUUGUUUACCAGCAGAGUUCUAAGGAGUCUGCUACACUGCAACCUUUCUUCACCCUGCAACUGGAUAUCCAGUCAGACAAGAUACGCACAGUUCAGGAUGCGUUGGAAAGUUUGGUGGCGAGAGAGUCUGUCCAGGGUUAUACCACAAAAACCAAGCAAGAGGUGGAGAUCAGUCGAAGAGUGACACUAGAAGAACUGCCCCCUGUUCUUGUUUUACACCUCAAGCGGUUCGUCUAUGAGAAAACUGGUGGAUGCCAGAAGCUUAUCAAGAAUAUUGAGUAUCCUGUUGAUCUGGAAAUUAGUAAAGAGCUACUAUCUCCUGGUGUGAAAAGUAAAAUUUUUAAAGGCCAAAGAACCUACCGGCUCUUUGCAGUUGUCUAUCAUCACGGAAACAGCGCAACUGGUGGCCAUUACACUACGGACGUCUUCCAAAUCGGUCUGAACGGCUGGUUACGCAUCGAUGACCAGGCAGUCAAAGUGAUAAAUCAGUACCAGGUGGUGAAGCCGUCUGCAGAGCGCACAGCCUACCUCCUGUACUACCGCCGCGUUGACCUGCUGUGAACCUCCUCCCUCUUACGCUGUGUGUGCAAGAUCCCUGCUUUGUAGAACGCCAACUAUCACUAACUUUUUUUCUCCUGUAAAUGCUCUUUUGAGUGCAUCUUUUUUCUUUUUUUCUUCUUUUUUUUUUUCCCCCGCCUUUCCCUUGCAACGCUGGGAUAGAGUGAUAAAGGAAACUACCUUGGGUUUGUGCUCAGCGUAGUUGGUGUCGACUUUUGACUUGCGGAAUAAAGUCACUUGAUUGAAAGACUCAGUCUCGUGAAUCACAAAAA